AUGAAAACUAAAACUUUGAUUGCUUUAUGUUUCGCGACGUCAUUAUGUGUCGAAGUAUGCGCGGACGGUGAACAGGAAGUGAAGAGAGGAGUUUAUCCUUACAUGGCUUUCUUAUAUUACCCUGAUGAGACGGUGAUAGACGGUAGCGGCGCGAGAUUCCUUCGUGGCGCAGUGCUCAUUCGACCCGAGUGGCUAAUCAGCUCCGCUGUCGGCUCCAGCAUCCUCACAGAGGAAUCUAAUGGCUUUCCACGAAAAACACUUCUAGCGAGACUUGGCGCAAUUAGUAUUGAUACGAAUUUUACACUUAAUGAAGAUGAGGAUGAACAGGAACGAGAGGUGAUACAAAUAGUUCGUCCAUACAACCACAGUGCGACGCAGUGGUGGCGCACAGACAUCUCAUUGAUGAAGGUGCUGCUACCAUUUAACAUAACUUCAGCAGUGGCCAUCACUAACCUCUCCUCUAAACGAGACAUCACAGAAAAGACCUGCACCAUACUCGUAUUUGCCAAAAGAGAUGGCAACUGGUCUGAAGAACGGAACUUAAUGCAGUUUAAAGUUGAACUGCUACCGCCCUCAAUCCAGAACUGCGGUCCUCACUUUGUUAGUAACACCAUGACCUGUGGUUCUCGCACUGAGGAUAACAAGAACGCAGUCUACGAUCCCAAUUUCUGCCAAGGAAAUAGUGGUGGUCCACUUAUUUGUGAACACGAAGUAGUGGGAAUUCAAACCUACAUAGACAAUGAUUGCAAGCAGCCACAUCUAUACCAGCAGUUGUCUGCGUGGGAUAAUUUUAUCUCAUGCGGCACAGAAGACAAAUGUCACGAAGAGCAGUGCAUGCAUAUUUGUGACGUAGCUAACAAAGAUCCGCCUGCACCAGAAGUUAUUAUUCAAGAGACUACUCCUAUACCUGUAGUGAGUUUGAUUGAAACCACGAUAGCUCCUGUUCCCGUUGUCACUUCGGCCAUUCCAGACACCACAACAGAAAGUGAGAGUGAUACUACUAGUGUGACAGUAACGUCUACCGCACAAUCAGAAGAAGUAGUAACACCAGAACACUCACCUUCAGUGCACGAAUCUUCCCCCACACAUUCAGUUUCUGAAACAGAGAGUGCUGAAACAAAGGUCUGGCCAAAAGAGACAUUUACAAAUGAGCGUAAGAAACUUGAAGAAGGAAAUUUAGAAAACCCGGAUAGGAAGCCAAGUGUUGAAGCUCAACAACACGACGUAAAAGUCAAAGUACGUGGCGCCGGCCAUAGCAGUGUGUCUAAUACCUUAAGUCUUUUCUUUGGAUUCUUCAUUUUGGCGUGUUUGAUUUAA